CUUGUUUUGACGCACCGGAACCGUGCAGGUGACGUGGAAUAUGGAGAAGAUCGCGACAAAUCCGUGUGUAAUAAGACGGUAUCGAGUCUGUUCUAACUGUAAUCGGAUCCGUAGAGAAGUUUAGAAGCCCUGUUCGUCAAAAGGUUCCAGUUCAAAUAUAAAGUUGUUGUUUUUUUUACCCGAUAGCUUCAAACAAGCCUGAUUGUUGUAGUUGUCAGAGUCAGUGUUGGCAUACCAGUACAGGAAUACCGUAUUGUAGCAGCCAGGUGGAAUUCUUAUGAGAACUUCCUGUGAGUUCUCCUGCGAUCUCCAUUCCAGUCAUGGCUAGUCCAGAUGAUUUAAAGUUUCAGGAGUUUGAGGAGGCCACAGAUCUACUGUCCUCAAAUCCCGGAGCCUCGACCCUCAGCGCCUCCAGCCCUAGUGUAACUGCUUCCUCUGGAGACAUCAGACUUGAUCUCUCAGAUGAUGAGGACAAUCAGCAGGAGAGCUCAGAGUUGCUUGGAGGUGAAAAACAAGCCAGUGGUUUCUGGACGUUCGAAUACUACCAGUCAUUCUUCAACGUAGAUACAUUGCAGGUGCUUGAUAGGAUAAAAGGCUCAGUUAUGCCUUUGCCUGGACGAAAUUUUGUCAAACACCACAUUCGAAGUAACCCUGAUUUAUACGGCCCAUUUUGGAUCUGUGUGACUUUAGUGUUCUCAGUGGUGAUCAGUGGAAACCUCUCCACCUUUCUGAAUAAGAUGGGAGACCCAGAGUUUCACUACAGGCCUCAAUUCCACAGAGUCUCAAUUGCAGCAGUUGCUGUGUUCCUCUAUGCAUGGCUGGUACCUCUAGGAGUUUGGGGAUUCCUAACAUGGCGUCAGAGUGUUGAGAGACAGACCAGUGGUUAUACCUUUUUAGAGACUGUGUGUGUCUACGGUUACUCUCUAUUCAUAUAUAUCCCUACUACGAUAUUAUGGACCAUUCCCUUUGACUGGCUUCAGUGGCUAUUGAUUGUCAUUGCUAUGGUGAUCUCUGGCUCAGUGUUGGUCAUCACUUUCUGGCCGACUGUUCGUGACGACACCAAACUAACGGCUUUUGCUACCAUGGCAGUUAUAGUGUCUCUUCAUGCUCUUCUGGCAGUCGGCUGUAAGCUCUACUUCUUCCAAACACAGACAGGAUCAUCAUCAUCACACACUGUACUUCAGACUACUCCAGCAUCUAAUCACACAGGACUUAACACAGUAAAACCUCACUGACCAACCAAAUGGAAGCUUAGUCCUUGGAUUCAGUGGACAUGGAACGACAUAGAACGACAUAGAAAUGUAUAGUAAUUAUGAUAACUGAGCAAUGAAGGAGUUCUUCUGACUAGUGUACUAACAAAUAGAUCUACUGUGUUUCCAUAAUAGAAAUAACAUCUCUGUUCACAAGUAAUAACUUCAGCUUUGAUUUUGACUUGAGUUUGUAAGGUUGUCCUAAUACACAAAAUGACUCGCCUGAUAUUGGUUUCCUGAAGUGUUAUGGUUAAGCCUAAAUUUGAUAGUGUUUUGCCCACUUAUGUAAUUCCUUUUACUUUGUUGCAAGAAAUCAUAAACUAAAUCGAUUGAGUGAUCUGACAUGUAUAUGAUGCAAUGUUUGCCUUAUAACCCCUGACUGCUCUGCUUUCUUUCCUUUUAAAGGGUUCUACUCGUAUUGUUCUUUAAAUUGUGAGAGGAAGUACCUGGAUUAAGUAAUUAUUUAUUUUUCUGGCAAGUUUUCUGUUUUGAUGACACCGUGUAUUAAAGUUAUUCUUGUC